AUGUUGUCUGAUCGUGUACUACUUUUUCUUUAUUUGAUGAUCAUUAUCGUCGUCGAUUCUGGAGAUAGUUUACCAUGUACUCCAACUAAACAAGUGCUUCUGUCCAAUUGUUCAAUUCAACCGUCUCAAAACUCGACGACGAACGAUAAUCGAACAUUAACAAUGAUCAUACCCUAUUCGCUGAAUCGUCAACAUCAAGACGAGUACUUAGCGACCAUCCUCACUCAGAAUAAGUCGUUCAUACGUUUGAACUUAAAUUUGAUUCAAUGUGAAAAUAAAAGUUCGACAUUAAAUUGGACUUCAUUAGAGUCUUCGUCAACAUUGAAUGGCGAAUUCCUUCGUACAUCGUCCAUCAAUAAAAACACAAUGUAUUUACCAUCUGGAAAGAUUUAUUUACGAAAUCUUUCGACAAUUGAUUGUUCAACAAACACGAUUUACCGUACCAAUGCCAAUCAAUUAUUUCAACUUGAUUUACGCAUUGAAUCCACAUUGAAUGAUUAUUGUUUAGAUGAUACAUCAUGUUAUCCUCAUGAUACUUAUCAAUGUGAUCCCAUCGAACAGCGAUGUAUAUGUCGACAACCUUUUCAGCCAUAUUCGAUCAAAGAACAUUAUACAAUAUGCAUUCAAGCUGCUGAAACCGUCGAGCAAUGUCCAAGGCAAACUCAACGAUGUUUACCCUGGUGUCAUGAAAACAGUUCAUCAUUAAUGUGUGUAUGUCCGGAGGACUUGGCGAGAAAGAAAUUUUCCUAUAAUAAUCAAGCUUAUUGUGAAAGUCAAACGGGUGGCAUAUGUAAUGCGUAUCUUCGAUGUCCAUUAGGAAAUCUAUGUGUACAUGGAACUUGUCAAAAGAUCACCAAUGAAUUCUAUCAAUCAAUUUCGAUGAAUAUUGUUACAAUUUCCAUUAUCGUCUCAUGUUUAAUUAUAUUCAUGAUAAGUGCCAUUCUAGGAAUUGGUAUAUACAUAUUACGUCGGCAACGGUGGAAAAAACAUUACCAUUCACCAAUGAGUUCAAUCUGCGCCAAACAACAUCCAAUGAGUCUACCAGCGAUUAGUGAUUAUGAUAAUGUAACUUAUAGCGCGUUUCGUGCUAAUGUUCAACUUUCAUCGAGUGACGAUAAUGACAGUUCGCCAAUGACAACAUCGGAUGAAUGUUCAUACGAACCGAAAAUAGUUUACCUUGGUGGUGAACAACAAUUAACAGCAAUAUUUGCUUGA